AUGCGUCCCCGGCUUCCAUCUCGCCCUCUAUGCGUCCCCGGCUUCCAUCUCGCCCUCUAUGCGUCCCCGGCUUCCAUCUCGCCCUCUAUGCGUCCCCGGCUUCCAUCUCGCCCUCUAUGCGUCCCCGGCUUCCAUCUCGCCCUCUAUGCGUCCCCGGCACAUUUUACUUCUCUCUCCUGCAGCACCGAUCUCCUCCUCUCACCUGUUCUGUAUGUGUUUUGUCUUUCAGGAGUGUCCGGAGGGAAUGACUUCCAGUGGUGUUUCUCCCAAGUCAAAGGUGCCAUAGAUGAGGAUGUGGCAGAAGCUGACAUUAUUUCAACUGUUGAGUUCAACCUUUCUGGAGACUUGUUUUUCCACCACGGAGCUGGAUCACAUCUAUUUUUUUUCCCCCGACAGAGUAAAAACCGCCCUCAUUCUAGGGGUGAAUACAAUGUUUACAGCACCUUUCAGAGCCAUGAACCUGAAUUUGACUACUUAAAAAGUCUGGAAAUUGAAGAAAAAAUAAACAAAAUUAGGUGGUUGCCACAGCAAAAUGCUGCCCAAUUUUUACUCUCCACUAAUGACAAAACAAUAAAGUUGUGGAAAAUAAGUGAACGCGAUAAAAGAGUGGAAGGCUACAACUUGAAGGAUGACGAUGGCAGGCUACGAGAUCCAUUUAGAAUCACCUCUUUACGGGUGCCAAUAUUGAAACCUAUGGACCUAAUGGUUGAAGCAAGUCCACGAAGGAUAUUUGCAAAUGCACAUACAUAUCACAUAAACUCUAUUUCAGUAAAUAGUGAUCAUCAAACAUACCUUUCAGCAGAUGACUUGAGAAUUAAUUUAUGGCAUUUAGAAAUCACAGAUAGAAGUUUUAACAUUGUAGAUAUUAAGCCUGCUAACAUGGAGGAAUUGACAGAAGUCAUCACGGCUGCUGAGUUCCAUCCUCAUCAAUGUAACGUGUUUGUCUACAGCAGUAGCAAAGGAACAAUUAGACUCUGUGACAUGCGGGAUUCGGCACUCUGCGAUAGACAUUCGAAAUUUUUUGAAGAGCCUGAAGAUCCCAGCAGCAGAUCGUUUUUCUCUGAAAUCAUCUCUUCAAUAUCAGAUGUCAAGUUUAGUCAUAGUGGCCGCUACAUGAUGACCAGAGAUUACCUGUCUGUCAAAGUCUGGGAUCUCAACAUGGAGAGCAGGCCGGUAGAAACAUAUCAGGUUCAUGAAUAUCUUCGAAGUAAGCUUUGUUCCCUUUAUGAAAACGACUGCAUCUUUGACAAAUUUGAGUGCUGCUGGAAUGGAUCUGACAGUGCAAUCAUGACGGGCUCGUACAACAACUUCUUCAGAAUGUUUGACAGAAACACACGGCGGGAUAUCACCUUGGAGGCCUCUAGGGAGAGCAGCAAACCACGUGCCAUUCUAAAGCCAAGGAAAGUGUGUACGGGUGGUAAGAGGAAGAAAGACGAAAUCAACGUCGACAGCCUAGACUUCAACAAAAAGAUUCUGCACACUGCAUGGCACCCUAAAGAGAAUAUUAUUGCUGUUGCUGCCACCAACAAUUUGUAUAUAUUUCAGGACAAAGUUAAUUAAAGAUGGUAUUUUCUUUUUCCUUUUUUUUUUUUUCCCCCCUUCUCCAUAAUUGUGAGGGCAAAGUCUUGUUCUUGCAUAGUUAAACCUAGUUGUUUUUCUGUAAGAGAUCAGACCAUGUUGUCCUAACAGUAAAAAAAAAA